GCCGAAUGCUUUGAACGAUGGAGGUAAUCGGUAAAGGCACCGCUAAAGGCAGCUGUCAAUCCGAUAGAUGCGUGUGAACGAACAGCCAGUGCAACCCGGGGCUCCUUAUAUUCCUGGCACCUUGCACAAUAAAAAAUUGCGUCGUUUUUACCUCAAAUGCAGCGACUAUCCCCUGCUACCAGCGGGAGCCACAACGGUACGCACAAUAGGUCAAUAUUCACCAUUAACCAAACGCUUUUCACCUGUCUUAAGAUCUCUCGCUGUUUACACUCCUACUGAUGCACGUGAACGGUAAACAGACAGUAAUACGAUCUUCUAGUACAGACUACUUUUCACAACACCUGAACGGCCCAUAAAAUAAAUAAAAGGCUACACUUAUAACUACGUCCACAUUUGUGAGGUGCGAAUUUUAGCUGCAAGCAGACACCAGUACUGCCAAGUCGCCAUGGCUGCAGUAAGAGAGGUGAAGGGAGGGGUGUUGGUGUCUCUGGGGAGCUGCUUCUGAAAAAGACGCACCAGAAGAGAUGCCUCGCCCUAGCCGCACACAGCACAGCUGCGGGGAAAGAGCACUCUUCUCCAUGGCUAAUGUCAUACAUCUCACCUUACUUCUCCUCUACUGUGAUGGGAUGAACACAGAAACAACCCCUUCCCCACAGUCUGUUCCUCUAAUUACAACACAGAAAGCUGUAUCCAAAGGUCAAAAUCAAGUCAUUAUUGAAGAGCUUGCAAUCCUGACACCCCAAUAUAUAGAGCUUUUAUGUAACCUAAUUGAUAUACCAAAUAACCCUCCGUACAUUACUGGCUAUUGGACUAAAGAUGGACAAGAAAUUGAAAACUCUGAAGAAACUGUAAAUAGAAACAAUGAACAGUAUAUCCUUAAAAGGACUUUCAGUAUACAGGCCAGAGACCUGGGGAACUAUUCCUGCAUCUUCAGAGAAAAUGAGGCACAAGUAACAUUUGUUUUAGUUGUUCCUGUAAUAAAAGACAAAAGAUACAAGCCGGUAGUGAGCUACACCGGAGAUUCAGUUGUACUUGAAUGUAAACUCAAGCACACACCAAACACCUGGAACUGGUACAAGGCAAACAACACUGAAAAGGGACUCAUCAAUGUUACUGCAAACCCUCUGAACUACAAGAUCUUUAUUAAUGGAAAUGAAACAAAACUGACUGUACUGAAUCUGACUGAAGAAGAUUCUGGAAAGUACAUAUGCAGCGCUGAGUUUGAUAUCAAACCCAGUGAGUCUUACGUCGAGCUGAAGGUCUUGUCAUAUACUGAGCCUCUCAAACCCUUCAUUGCUAUAGUGGUUGAAGUCAUUGUCCUGGUCACACUGAUUUUGCUUUGGGAAAAAUGCAACAAGCCGCAACAUGACAACUCUUUUGCAGGAGAGAAUGAUGUCUGCUCUGAACAAACCAGCAAACUCACUCGUGAUGAGAGCAAUGGAGUGGAGAACAACACAGCAAGACAAAGAAAACUGGAGCACUGACCUUUUCAUUUUAACAGAUGGAAAAAAAGAGUGAUUAUGUGAUGUGGCUUGAAUCACAUAAAGCAAUAAGCAAUGUUUUUUGCCUAAACUAAUUCUGUCACAGCCAUAUAUAUAUAAACAUAUUACAUUACAUUAUAUAUAU